AUGAGGAGACGAAAUGACACAUCUCUCUCGAGGCAGACCGACCCAUCGAGCGACAAGAGGUCGCGAAGACGGAAGAACACGACAACCUGUGAUAAUGGGCGCCACCCUGUUUCCACGAUCUAUCCUCGAGGUCCGGCUGCCGAAACACUUCGACAAGCCAACGGACAUGAGGUACGACGGAACUCAAGACCUCUAGAACACCUGACGGCCUUCGAGGCCAGGAUGAAUCUAGGGGACAUCAGCCGCGCUUUCCUGGCUCAAUUCACAACGCGAAUAGCAAAGGCUAAGCACCCCAUCAACCUUCUGGGGAUAACUCAGAGACAAGGGGAAUCGACAAGGAAGUACUUGGAUCGGUUCAACGACGAAUGCUUGGAAAUUGACGGCUUAACCGACUCGGUGGCCAGUCUUUGCCUAACGAACGGCCUCCUCAACGAGAACUUCCGGAAACACCUCACCACGAAACCAUCCGGUUACAGCCAAGCACGGCAGCCCGUCGACGGAGAAAGAGCAAAGGAAAAAGCUAGGGAAGAGGCGUCAAACAGGGCACCUCGACCAUUCCCCAGGGUCGGGAAAUUCAAUAAUUACACCCCACUCACUCUCCCCAUUGUGGAGGUCUACCAACAGAUAGCGGAGAAGGGAAUCCUCCCGAAGCCCCGAGCACUUAAGGACCGAACAGGAGGAAACAAGAACCUUUACUGUGAUUACCACAAGGGGUAUGGCCAUCAGACUCAGGACUGUUUCGACCUGAAGGAUGCACUAGAACAGGCGAUAAGGGAAGGAAACCUAGCCGCGUUCUCCCAUCUCAUCAGGGAGCCGAGAAGGCGUUAUCGCGAUCAAGAUGAGGAAGCCAAGGCGCGCUCGACCAGGCGGCGGCAGGAACCCGAAGGCGGGGACCAUGGCCUCACCGUGAUAAACGUGGUAACGGCAAAGAACGCCGCACCAAAAUCCCGGUCGGCACACAAGAAGGACGCCAAGGUUUUGACGAUCUCAUCUCCACCCGUGCAGAAUACCAAGAAACCUCCGUCCAUUUCUUUCGGCCCAGAAGAUCAAUGGUUCAGCGACGCCCCGGAAAACCCUCCUAUGGUCAUAACGGCCAGAGUGGGAACCGGCCUCGUCAAACGGAUCCUUAUCGACACCGGGGCUGAUUCAAACAUCAUGUUCCGCAACGUGUUCGACGCACUGGGGCUGAAGGAUGCCGACCUGACGACCCACCAGCACGGGGUUAUCGGGUUAGGCGAUCACUUCAUCAAACCAGAAGGAGUCAUUUCCCUACCGAUCUCGGUAGGACAGUUGCAAGGCCGAAGAUCGGCGAUGGCCGAAUUCGUGAUCCUCCGAGACUCCACAGCCUACAACAUCAUCUUGGGAAGAAAGACAAUCAAUGACGUCGAAGCCAUAAUCAACACCAAGCUACUAGUUAUGAAGUUCGUCACCGAUGAUGGAUCCAUAGGGACCAUAAGAGGAGACCUCGAGACGGCGGUCGCUUGUGACAAUGCCAGCCUUUCCCUCAGAAAGAAGUCCAAGGAAGCAUCUGGCGUAUUCCUAGCCGACCUCGAUGCCAGAGUAGAAGACAACCCGAGGCCGGAACCAGAAGGGGACCUGGAGAAAUUUAGCAUCGGUGACGAAGGGGAAAAAUUCACGUUCGUUAACAAGAACCUCCCAUGA